GUCUGAAAACAAAGAAAUCAACAAUGACAAAAAUCAUUGCGGUAUUAAGUUCAUACGUGGGUUCGGUGAAAAAUCAAAGCGCAUUUCUGUUCAGGGAAUAUUAUUGCUAACCAGUUCCUAGUCAGAUUCUUUUUGUACAUAAUCGCAGUUACCUGCGUGAACCUUGCUAUUGUUUUCCAGCUCUCUUAAGUGUUUCCAUUUAUCCUUUGGUUUGCUGUACUCCCUAUCUACCCGUCCACCCCCUCUCCUGUCUGUGUCUCAGUCACCCCCUCUCCCAGCCCCCGUAGCCCCUCCUUGCGCUGAGCAGUGUGCCUAUGUGUCUGUGCUAGACAGUACGAGCUGCUCCUCUCUGAACAGUAUACCACAGGCUGCUCCUCGUACAUGAGGUUUCAGAGAAACGUUUCGGGGUACCACUAAAGCGCGUGCAGUUUUGUUGGAUUAGGGUUCUACGGAAGAGGAACAUUUGGGGGUAGGGGGCUUUCUGGGAACUCACAUGGAUUGGUAACCAGUCAUUGGAUUGUAAUGUGUCUCAUGUUCUGGCUUUGGGAAUCUUUUGCACAGAGAUGGGGAAACUUUACUCGAAACACGUUUGCAAACCCAGAGAAAGUCCUGAAGGUGAUAGCUUUGCAGUCAAUGCCUGCUUAGCUCGGAAAGGUAUUGAGGAUUGGAUUGUAAAGCAGAAGCCACCUAACUCAAGUCUCAAGACCGGGUACAGAAUCACCCAAAGGCUUGAGAAGAUGCUGAAUGAUGCUUGCAUAAGUGGCUGGAUCACAAGUGAUCUUAGGGAUGGACUGUUCGUGGAACACCCGCAUUGGCCUAUCAUUAAAACUCACAUUGAAUUAUCUGCGAUCAACAGAAAGAGGAUCCAGUUUGGAUACAGAAGGAAUAAAAAUCUGAAGGAAUUACUGUCCCCUACUGAUCCGGAUUCAAAUGGUGACAUUUGUAAAUACAACAUUGCAAAUGAGCAUUUUCACCUGGAAGUCGCUCUGCCAGAAGAGAAGAGCGAGGGUCUGUUUACCAGUGAUGAUAGGAAAGUAGAUAAAGAUAAUGAUGGGCGUGUUAAGAAGCAGCACAAAUUUGAAGAAUUACAAUGUGAUGUAUCCGUUGAAGAAGAUAAUAGGCAAGAAUGGACCUUCACAUUGUAUGAUUUUGACAACAGCGGAAGGGUUACCCGAGAGGACAUUACUCGUUUGCUGCAUACAAUUUAUGAAGUAUUUGAUGCAUCAGUAAACCACUCAUUAAGCUCAAGUAAAACCUUGAGAGUUAAGCUGUCUUUGGCCCCUGAUGCCACACUGAAAAAGAGGACUGUGUUGGUGAAUCAUGCAGAGCUGCAGAACGGUAGACAUAGGAGUGAAUGCAAAGUAACUGAGAAUUUAAGAGGCUCAGAAAAAAAACAGCAGGGAUCUGGAAGGCUUGAAAAUGUGACUGAGCAAACAGAAUGUCUCCGACAAUGUGUAGAUGAGAACAUAGAAAGAAGAAAUCACUAUUUGGAUCUUGCUGGAAUUGAGAACUACACAUCUAGAUUUGGGCCAGGGUCUCCACCAAUGUGUGAAAAACACGACUCCCAGGCAAAGGCUUCUAAUCAGAUGAGAUCUCGUUCACAUGAACCUGAAACCAUCAGCUUCCACCACAGGCGAUCACAGGCUUUAGACACAGGAAAUUCCAACAUGACUGAACUGUCUCAUGUUAAAGUGGCAGAAGUUCAGCAAAGGCAGCGUGGUCAAGAAAAUAAUAAACACUUUGUUCGAUCUCCCAGAGCAUCAAAUAAAAAUGGACAUCUCUCUACAAGCCAGCCUGGAAGAACAAGAAACAAGCCCAGUCAAGGAGUGUCUAUGCCAGUGAAUCCACCAAGUGCAUUUAUGGGUCAGAGCUACCUUUACCAUCCUGUGCCACCUCAAUCAGUUCAUAGGAAAAGCAAGCAGAAGACCAAAGACGGACACCAGAUGCGCAAGGCCUUUCAGUCUCCAGUGAAUGUGGUUGAGAAGGAGCAUGUGAGAGAUCUGCCCAGCAUGGUAUUGUAUGAUGAUCAAGUUGGACACAUGAUACAAAGACAUGAGCACCAUCAUCAUCAUGAGCAUCACUACCACUAUCACCACUUUUACCAAAAAUAAACAUGGACCAUUUAUACAAGGACUUCACAGAAUGUCUGAAAUCCAUUAUAAAGUGGUAUCUGAUCCUACAGCUCUGGAAAUAAUUAACUUUUUAACUAGUUAACUUGUUGACUUUCAACAUGUAUGUUUUGCAGGUGUAGAGUACAUUUAAGUGCACAUCCUAUGGAGCUGCAAUAGAGGUCAUCAAGCAAUUCUAUCAGCAAAACAUGUUAUGGAUGGAGCAUAGUGUAAAGUGCUCUUUAUAUAUAUUUAUAUGCAAAAACUGAACUUAUUGCACAGAAGCCUUUAUCAGUGGGAUCAGAACAGUCUGAACUUUUACUAACAACCCCUGACAAACAGCGUGCUACCUCUAGUAAUUAUCCAGACUUUUCUUCACUGAUGUAAUGAGCUAUAGGAAGGGUGGACACAAUUUACAAAUCUCAUCUGGUAUUGUGUUUACAUUUAUACCCCUAAAGUUAUCUUAAUGAAUGCUAGGAUAAUUAGUUGGAUUUGCCAACAUAUUUUCAUUACUAAUGUAUGUUAAUCUUCUGCCUGAUAUUUAUAUGUAAGGUAUUUUAAAGAAUCCACUUUUCUGUUUUUGCCUAUUUUUAAUUUUGUUUCAUUCACAUGGAAUCUAUUUGCAAUGUUAGGCCAUGUUUUGGAAAUUGCCACUUGUUCAAAGUCUUGAUGGAAAAAGUAAAAAACAAAUGACAACAGUUGUUUAUGCAUUUAUAGGGCUGAAAAUGUUUAACAUACUGAAAACUGCCUACUUUAAAACAGUUUAUAAAGUCCAAAAAAUCCUAAUACUGCCCAUAUAUCUAUUGUAUUGUUGGCUUUGAUGGCAAAAGCCUUUGUUAAAGAAAAGAAACAUGGUAACUUUUUCAAAAGUGCAAAUAUUCAAAGGAGUGUUGUUUUUGCUUAUAUGUAGGAUAAGAAUGUUUUCCAUUAGGAUAAUAAAAAACACAUUACUCUGGA